AUUGGAUUCGACCGUGGCGGCGCGCGGACGCGUUCGGUGUUGCUUGCGUCAAGUGACAGCUAACAACGAUGAAAUCAUAACUUUCCAAACCCUUGUGCUCUAUGUUCUCCUAUGUUAUGUCGAUACUAAACAGUGCAGUGAAUGUAAACAAGUAAUUCUAAAAUUUUCAUAUAGUUUAACCGUUCGGGAAGAUCGCCGACUCGAAAUGCAUGCAUUCCACCGAGACUGUUGAACUUUAUAUUUUUUUCUUUUGGUGAACCUUUUUGAUUAUUAUCAAGUAUUGCUAGUUCGAUAUUCAAAGUGGACCAAAACUCAUAUACAGGAUAUAAAAGUAAUUUCAAUUACAUCAUAAAAUCAGUGUUGUGUUUGGACUAUUUAGAUUGUGUUUUAAAAGUUAGCGAUUAUUAAUUAGUGAGGAGAGCCGAAACAUUCAAGGCCAACCAAGUAUAGAUAUUCCGGCUGCCUGCAACGGAAUAGACCUUGGGAGUACGCUGACUUUUAACACUGAGCUGUCACUUGCGCAAUUUGAAUUUGGAAGGCUAGAAGAUUACGAGUCAAACGAGGAACCAUAGAAGUUGUAGUAAAGAGAGUCGAGCACCUGUGUGAUGUGCCGGCUACACCACACAAAAGUGCAACUCGACGUCACCUGAUAAACUUCGAGUACUGACUCCCUGGAUGAAGCGACACCAUGAAGUUCUCGUCGGGCUCGAGUUCGAGCAGUCUAGCGAGCGACUCGCUAUCGAGAAAAUCGACUUUGUGCAUCUAUACAGAGGUGGAUGCAGCCGCACCGCCGCAUUGCGAAAGGAUGGACAGCAGCUCGGAAGCGAUGGAGUUGCGACGGGAGUUGGAUGCGGUGAGAAACGCCCUACAGCAGCAAUCUGAAUCCGUUCUGAAACAACGGCACCAACUGGUGGAAGCGGGACAAGCACUUGCUGCUCGGAACAAGCAAGCCGCCCAAGAAAGACGGCUCCGACAAGACCAACUAGCCUUAGUGUUAAGAUCCCUAGUUCUUCUAGAAUCCCGCCUGACAAGAGAGCAACGACAAAUCCACGUGGCACUCCAACAAAAAGAGAAGAUAAUCAAAGCCCAGCAAGAGGAAAUAGCUAAACUCAAAGCCAGGAAAUCUUACUGCAGCAACUGCCAACAGAUUCUUGGCUUCACCAGUGAACAAACUAAUAUAGAAACUGAUCCUGAAUUCCAGAGCUUAGAAAGCACCGACUCUAGAUUUCAAAAUACAUUUAUGAGAAGUUGCAGUUACAGAGAAAGAAAUAAUCCACCCGCUUUCCAAAAAAAUACUAGGCUUAGUAAAAGCUUCCAGUUGCCGAAGAACGAUCACGUAUACGGCAACACUAGCUCGAGUGAAGAAGGAAAUACUGUCAGUAUCAGUAGCAAAGGUACCUUUAUAAAAAAUAAACAAGCGUUCAGCAGACGAGAUGUAUUCAGAAGAUCGAGAAAAUAUUCUGGCCGUAAAAAUAACCAACAAAAGAAUUAUAAUAAUCAAGCUCUUAACAGCAGUAGUGCAGAAGACUGCAUUAGUAUGAGUUAUCAAGUUAAUCAUGAUAAUGAUGCAACAGCUAACCAGAUAGCUAAUGACAUAAGAAGGGCUUCGGAGAAAAUAGAUCAGCUUAUUGGAGAAGCAGCCAAGAAAGAAACAGAAAAUUGUUCUAAUAAUUCAGACAAAACUUAUUCGACCAAAAUGGAACGAAUGCAUGGAAUAAAAAGACAAGCUUCUGACGAAAUUAAAGCAAAUCGGCAGAUGUUUUUAAACAAUGUUCUUGCUGAGGAAAAUAGUGAGAAGCCAUGGUAUUGUAAUGUAAGUGAUCCCGAACAGGAUGGAUAUUGCCUAGACCAAAGAAGCAUAAUAUUAAAUAAUAAUAAAUCUAAAUCCACCGACAAUCUUUUGAGUUUCAAUAAUACAGCGCUAAGUGACAAUAUUGUAUGCGCUAAAAACGAUGUACUAUGUAAUAACAUGCUUAAAAAUAAUUUGAAUUCAGAAUUUGAUGACAAAAAUAAUAAUAGUGAAGUGAGCUUGGAUAAACAAGAUACUAAUGAAAUCAAUGAAAACUGGUAUGCUAGUACAAGUGACGCAGAUGAAAGUCCUACUAAUGAAAUAUACAAAAAUAAUCCAGUUUUAGAAUGUGUAAACCAGAUCCUCCUUCAAAACUCACUUGAGGACAGCAGUAAUGAUAACUCAAAAUCGAGCGAAACUCCAAGUCCCAAAGCAUCGACUAAAAGAGUCCAAUUUUCUACACUCAACAGCAUUUCAUAUGAUGAUAAAAUUAGAUCAAGUGGAAAUAAUCAUACUUUACCACGGUCUGAUAAAAGAUCAAAUAAAAUUGUUAAAUUCAGUCUGGAAACCGCUUCUGAACAUAGCUAUGAAGUGCCGAAUACAGCACAAGGUUUUCAAUAUGAAAUACAAAGCAUAUAUAGCAAUGAUUAUGAACCUAUUGUUACAAAAAACACUGAAACGAAACCUGUGCCAUUACCGCGUUCAUCGCCGCCUAGUGAAAAGCCAAAUGUUCCAAAAAUAAGAGGUUCUAUAGUGAAAAAUAUUGCAGCAAACAUAGAAAAUAGAGCCAAUAAUAUUGAGAAGAAAUUUGAUAACGAUCUAGGAUCGAUGAAAAUAUUCAACAAAAGAAAAGUGCCACGAACUCCUCCCGCGUUGCCACCAAAACCAAAGAAUCUUUCAGCAAAAUGGAAAACUGAAAACACUGUUAAAACAGCAAUAAAACCGUUAGACUCUGAAGCCGUUGCGGCCAAUCAACGGGUUGCAGAUGUUAAGAUGAGAAAAAUAGGACAAGUAGCAACUAUUAAUAAUGUGGAACCAGACUACUGCUCCAUUUCAGAGAUAAAUGUUCCAGUAGUCAGUAAUGGAAAAAGGGAGUUGCUACUCACACAGCCGACGGUUGAGAUCCACAACGAACAAUACCCGAUACAUGCUGUUGGUCAAAGAAACAGUGUGGCAAAAGUCGUAUCCUUACCUAGGAUACAAAAUAAGAUUAGUGACAAAGACAUACCAAAACUUCCACAUGUUACAGAAAUAAUUAUACCUGACGAAGAUGAGAAGCAAAACGAAGAACAAUCUCGUCCCUUUCAGAAAACCACUGAAAAUUAUUUAAGUAACUUUAACAUGCAUCCUCUGCAACCAAAAUUGGACCCCCGCGCUUCCAUUCAAAUGGGAAACACAGUGUCUUCUAUACUUUCGGAAAUCAACAAGGGAGGAAAAAGUGGCACUAAGCAAAUAAAUUUGACUGAUUUGGAUAAUCAGUUUAACCAUGGCUCUGAAAAAAACCAGUCGUGCAAUGUGAAAAUAAAAAAAGCUGAAUAUUUUGAUGAAAUAGACAAAUUUGAUUUGUCUCAAAAUUUUGAAGAAUUUAAAAUUGACGAUGAACUCGUAGGCAUCGUUGCAGAGGAAUAUCGCAUAAGCUCUGGAAGCAGCGAUGGUUCCAUGUCUGAAAUGGUCACUGAACAUCUUCUUAAUAUGGUGCCUGAGAAAGAUGAUAAACAAAACGCUACUAACAAUAAUAAUGUAGUGAGUGAAAAAAACGAUAAUUUUUCUGAAAACAAUGAAAGUGCCUUAAACAAAACCCUGUUAAAGAACGGCAAGCUGUCUAAUAAGCCUGAUCUUUUAUCAAAUAUUGAGAAUUUAGAGACUGAAUCUGUGAGGAAUUCCGAUAUAGAAUCUAGUAAUUCAUCAGGAAGCAACAGUGGCUCUUACAAUACAGUUAAAUGUGAGCCUAGAAUGAUUAUGAACAACAACGCGGACACAAAUGUUAAUAAAAUAAAAGGAUCUUUUGAUUUCUUCUUGGAGACAUCUGGUCUUAGUUCUAAAUCUAUAUUUACGCCUAGUAAGGCAUACCUUGGAAUGAGGCCACCAAGUGCUAACCACAAGAAUGUGUUAAAACCUAAAGAUAUUAAAAUGAGAGUUAAGAAUCCCCUUACAACGAACAAAAUCAACGAGAAACCGCCCGCUAUGACGACCGCCAUUAAAUAUUUCGAGCCCUAUGUAUAAUUUCGUGCAUAAUAAUUUCUGUAAAUGUAAUUAGCUUAUAUUAUACUACAAGAUGUAAAAUUUAUUUAUUGUAAAAAUGAACUUGCCUGCAUAAUAUUAAUUUACUGUUUAUAUAAAUGUUGUUGUACAUAUUUGAAGUAUUUAGUUAUUUUCAAUUAAAAAAUAUUUAACAUAGAAAA